GACUUGAAGCUCAAGACUUUUAGUCGGGAAGAUGUGCUUGAAAGUGCACUUUUUCUCUGUGGAGCGUUUCCAAUUCCGCUUUGCCCUCAAAAGAAACCUCCCUCUACUAUCUCUUAUAUCUCUCUCCUUUCCGUCUCUUUUGUUGUUUCUUUGCUCGGUGAUUUUGAUAAUUAUCCAGUCUUCCUUCUUUCUAUUUAAUAUUUGCAGAGCAGAAUAUAGUUGAGUAAUAGUUGAUUCUAUUACCAAUCUCUUUCAGAAUAAUGUAUACAUCAUCACUCUUCUCGCUGGCACUCCUCGCCUCAAGCGUUACUGCAUCGAUCACUGAUGCCCCGUCGACAAACAAUACUGCCUCGGUCGCCGCUGCUAGUACCUCUGGGAUGACGUUAUCCCAAGCGAUCAUAGCUAACAACGAAACUCUAUCUACUCUUUCCAUGCUUCUCGGACAACAGCCCGCACUCGUAAGCGCGCUCUCCUCCAACUCUUCAUCGGGGAUUACAGUCCUGGCACCAAAUAACGCAGCGUUCACGAAAUUCCUUGCGACGCCUGCAAAUAAGGCCGCAGCUGGCCAAAGCGACGUCGUUGCUGCUGUUCUUCAAUAUCAUGUUUUGAAUGGUACAUUUCCAGCCAGCAUGUUCUCAAAGGACGCAAAGUUUAUUCCAACGCUUCUCAAAAAUGAGAGCUACACCCAAGUCACAGGUGGACAAGUAGUACAGGUUGCCCUGGUUGGUUCAAAUGCUGUUGUUACCACUGGACUAAAAGAGAAAAGUACUACAACACAGACUGAUAUUAUGUUCAACGGAGGCGUGAUGCACAUCGUCGAUACAGUUCUUACCAUCCCCAUUUCGCCAUCCAUGUCAGCGAUCGACUCAAAUCUGUUGUCCCUUGCAGGUGCCCUUACAACUACUUCCCUCGUAGCACCAGUCGACUCCCUCAAGGAUGUCACUAUCUUCGCUCCUUCUAAUGAAGCUUUUGAAAGAAUCGGGAACACAGCUGCCGCUCUACCUAAAAGUGACCUCAGUCAAAUCCUCGAAUACCACGUUCUCAACGGCACUGUUGGCUACUCUACUCUGCUCUCCAGCGGGCUAGCUAACGAAUCUUUCCCGUCGCUCAUGGGCCAAUCCCUCACCGUCACCUCAGAAGACUCCAAAAUUUUCGCCAACAGCGCCGAAGUCAUCGGCGCUGACAUCAUUGUCUCUAACGGAGUCAUGCACAUUAUUGACAACGUUCUCAACCCCUCUAACACAUCUGCUGUUACAAACCCUACUGCCACUUCGCAACCUAUUGCCUUCGAGGGCGCAACUAGUGCGGCAGUCGCACCAUUCACCAGUGGUAUUAUGGCGACAACUACAGCCCCCAGUGCAGCUACGGGCACAUCAGGAAGCGAGAAGAGGAUUGGAGGAGAGAGUUUGGGAGGUGCGGUGGCUGCGGUUGUGGGUGCUGCUAUCAUGCUUUUGUAGUUGGAGUAGUGGUAAAAUGCGAUUAUUUUCUUUUACAAUUUUCUACAAGACAGAGUUUUAUGAAAUGAUACCAUAGUCUUUUAUUUACAAGAAGCUUUCUUAAUUCCCAUGCCCAUAAUACAAACCAACCAUAUGUGCUAUUGUAAACA